AUGCGUUUUAUGCAACUUCUCGGCGCUGCGGCGCUCACAGCUAUUGUCUCGGUCCAGGCAUAUGCUCAGAACAAUAAUCGGUUCGGCCAGAGUCGUCAAAAGGGCCAGAAUGGUCAGAUUGAUCAGAAUGGUCAGAAUGGUCAGAAUGGUCAGAAUGGUCAGAAUGGUCAGAAUGGUCAGAAUGGUCAGAAUGGUCAGAAUGGUCAGAAUGGUCAGAAUGGUCAGAAUAGUCAGAAUGGUCAGAAUGAUCAGAAUGAUCAGAAUGAUCAGAAUCAGAAUGGUGGAGCCGGAGGAGCUACAGGAACCGAUUCUGAAGACGCCACCGGACUCACACUUUUGGCCAACGCGAUUCAGACUGGAUCCGCUGCAGACGGAAGUGUCAACGGAGCUCAAGAAGCCGGUCAAUCGGCAUCCAAGACCUCCACCAAUAAUUUUAUCAACAUUUGCUCAGGCAAGACUUUGACCAAUGGACUUCAGGUCCAAGGUGGAUCGUGUAACGGAAUCCCCAUGGGAGAUAUCCCCGCGAAAGCAGCCAUGAUUUCCUCGGCUAUCCAGUUCCCUCAGACGAACGGCGACCCCAUAGCCCCCAACACCGACUUCGAUAUCACCGUCCAAGUAUCCAACCUCGUCGCCGGGUCCUUUACCAACGCCGACACAACCUACUACGCUGGCCCUCAGUUCCUGCAAAGCGGCAAAGUCGUGGGUCACACCCACGUCACAGUCCAAGAUAUGGGCAACACCCUAAAUCCCAAAACAGCGCUCGAUGCCACCCAAUUCGCGUUCUUCAAGGGUAUCAAUGACGAUGGCAAUGGAAAUGGGCUGUUGAAGGCGACUGUCACGGGGGGUUUGCCAGCAGGGAACUAUAGGGUGUGCACGAUGACUUCGGCGAGUAACCAUCAGCCGGUUUUGAUGCCUGUUGCACAGAGGGGAACGUCAGACGAUUGUACCAAGUUUGUUGUUGCUGCUGAUGGGGGGGACGCGAAUGAUAAUGCGGGUGGUAAUGCUAGCCUGGGGGCUGAUGAUGGAAAUACACAAGCCGGAGGAGCGAAUGGCAGAGCAAAUGGAAGAAGGAAGGGAGGCGAAAACCGCAGCAACGGACCACGUGCGAAAAUUCGGUGCAAAUUGUCACCACCUUCCCCACAAGAUCGGGUGGAAUCCGAUCGAUCCCUCCGUCCGCCUCCGCCGUGCAAUCUACUCCUCCGACACUCUCCUCGUCUCCCGAAUCCUAACCCACACGCCCUCCCUCCUCCAAAACCCCGACACCUCCCCAACCGGCCUCGGCAACACAAACCUCCACCUGGCCUCCUCCCUGGGUCACACCUCCAUCGUCUCCCACCUGCUCUCCCUCUACCGCCCCGCGUCUUCACCACCCACCACCAACCCGCACGACCCGCCCGCCCUCUCCUCCCUCCCGCUCAACGAAGAAUACCAAACACCUCUGCACCUCGCCUCCGCCAACGGCCACACGGAUAUCGUGCACCUCCUCUGUUCCGCGUGUCCGAGAUGCAUCGGACGCGGCGACGUCCGUGGCCGCGACGCCCUGAUGCUGGCCAGCAAAGCCGGCCACGACACCGUCGUGCAGAUCCUACUCACGUUCGCGCCUUCUGGUCCCGAGGCUCUGCUCGAGGGGGCCGACGUGGACGGCAACACGGCUCUGCACUUCGCGAGCUCGAAUGGGCACCUGCUGGUGCUGCGAACGCUGCUUGCUGCGGGCGCGGACCCGGAGAAGAGGAAUGUGUGGAGCUGGACGCCGGUGGCUUACAGUGCUACCGUGCAGGCGGAGGUGUAUUUCAAGGGACUGGUGGGGGAGGUGGAGAGGAGGAGGCAGGCCGGGAGGCAGGCUAG